CGUGCCCCCCAGGCUCUGCACCCCUGAUGCUGCUCGGGUGCUGACCCCGCCCGGCCGGGACAAUGGUGAAGUAUUUCCUGGGCCACAGCGUGCUCCGGAGUUCCUGGGACCAAGUGUUCGCUGCCUUCUGGCAGCGGUACCCGAAUCCCUACAGCAAACAUGUCUUGACGGAAGACAUAGUGCACCGGGAGGUGACCCCUGACCAGAAGCUCCUGUCCCGGAGACUCCUGACCAAGACCAACAGGAUGCCCCGCUGGGCCGAGCGACUGUUUCCUGCCAAUGUCGCUCACUCAGUGUACAUCCUGGAGGAUGCUAUUGUGGACCCACAGAACCAGACCAUGACCACCUUCACCUGGAACAUCAACCAUGCCCGGCUGAUGGUGGUGGAGGAACGAUGUGUUUACUGUGUGAACUCUGAUAACAGCGGCUGGACCGAAAUCCACCGGGAAGCUUGGGUCUCCUCUAGCUUAUUUGGCGUCUCCAGAGCUGUCCAGGAAUUUGGUCUCGCCCGGUUCAAAAGCAAUGUGACCAAGUCAAUGAAGGGUUUUGAGUACAUCUUGGCCAAGCUGCAAGGUGAGACCCCUUCCAAAACCCUUGUUGAGACAGCCAAGGAAGCCAAGGAGAAGGCAAAGGAGACGGCACUGGCAGCUACAGAGAAGGCCAAGGACCUUGCCAGCAAGGCAGCCACCAAGAAGCAGCAGCAGCAGCAGCAGUUCGUGUAGCCAGCGCAGACCCUGUGUGGCAGCACACCACACCACCUGCUGCACUCCCUCUGCUCUCCCCCUGUAUUUUAUUAUUAAAAGUCAACUUCCAGCCUGAUCUACUCUCUGGGUAGUGGGUUGGAGGUGGUAUCUGUUUGGCAUCUACAGUGCAUCGGACCUGUUAUCCGUGUCUGAGCCAGGCCUGCUUCCUGCAUUGGAUAGCUGAGGAGAGAUUUGCCCAGGGUCACGGACAGCAUUCAGGCAAAGUGGUCAUAAACACUAGACUGUAAGCUCCAUGAGGGCAGGGACCUUCGUUUUGUUCUCUGCUGCAUCCCAAGUAUCUGGAACAAUAUCUAGCUCAUAAUAGACACUCAAUAAAUACUUGUUGAAUUCAAUCA